AUGAUCUCAGAAGCAGAACAAAAGACAAUCAACGAGCUCCAGGCGAACUGGAUUUGGGUCCCAAACUGGACUGACUCUUCAAGCGCGAACACAGCUGGCAAGAUAGUUCACUUUACGCGGAAUGUUGAUUUGUCGUCGCGACCGACGAAAUCAGUACUUCAUUUCUCAGCCGACACGCGUUACAAGCUCUAUGUGAAUGGGAAGCAUAUUGCCGUCGGACCGACUCGCAGCAGUCCGUUGAUCUGGUACUAUGAUACGCUUGACAUUGCGCCCUACCUAAAAGAGGGACAGAAUGAGAUUCGAUUUGUGGUUGUCCGGUACUUCGCGGCUUUGAGGAGCGCAAUGCCCUUUGUGCGGACGCCUCUUCCAGGCUUAACAGUUAUUGGAAAUAUUGAGACAGGCGGGGAGGUCAUUGAUCUUGCUUCGUCCAAGAGUUGGAUGGCAUCUGUGGAUGAAAGCAUUCAGUUUCCGAUGGGUUUGGCUGAUGAUGUGUUCCUUCAUAUCAGCGAGCGCAUUAAUCCUACAACCUCCGGUCCUGCUGUGAGACCGUUUGCCUACAAGAUAAAGACGCUCAAUGGCGAUAUUCCACCCUGGCAUUUGCGCCCACGCUCUAUCCCCAUGCCCGAGUCAACGUCAGCUGUGGUAGAAACCAUCAGAGCAUGCGACAGUGCGAUCGAGGCCAGCAAUUGGACAUCCUUCUUUGCAAGGAAUCACUCUCUCGCCCUUUCUGCGAGCUCAACUCAUACCCUUGAAGUGCAAGCGGAUGUUCAUUCGACCGCAUUCCUUCGAUGGGCCUUCAAGGCAGCCAAAAGCACUUCUCAUAUCAGACUCAAAGUGACACACUCAGAAGGCUAUGAGCUCGAGCCUCGAUCGUACCCUUUCUUCCGCUCCAAGGCCGACCGACUGGAUGCAAGUGUCGGCCACAUUAUCGGGCCAUACGACGAGGUGACACUCGAUCUUCCCAACACCGAUACUGUCGUCUACGAGCCAUUCUGGUUCCGAACCUUCCGUCUCCUGAGGAUCGAAAUCACUGUCGGCCCUGAGCCAAUCGAGCUGAUAUCAUUCGAUGCCACUCAGGUCAACUACCCCAUGGCCGUCAAAGCCAGCUGGAAGGAGCCCGGCGAUGCCCACAGCGAGCAGAUCUGGGACGUCUCCAUCCGGACAAUGCGAAACUGCAUGUUCGACGGCUACUCCGACUGCCCGUUCUACGAACAAUUACAAUACUCCGGAGACAGCCGGUCCGUUGGUCUAUUCCACUACCUCCUCUCCGGUGACGACCAACUAAUGCGCCAAGCAAUUACAAACUUCGCCGCCUCAGUCACACCCGAAGGACUCACGCAGUCCCGCUUCCCCUCACACGUACCGCAAGUUAUAGCCGGAUUCUCCCUAUAUUGGAUCCUGCAGGUCUGCGACCACCACCUAUACUUCGGCGAUACCCGCUUCGCGCGAGGCUUUAUCCCGCGCAUCGACGGCAUCCUCGACUUCUUCGAUGCCCACAUCGACGAGCUGGGUCUCGUCAGCGGACUGCCUGAAGUCGUUUGGCAAUACGUUGACUGGGUGACGACCUGGGGAGCCACAGACGACCAUCCUGACAAAGGCGUUCCGACCUCCGGACGGGAAUCCAAUCGUCACACUUAUUUCAGUAUGUUAUAUGCGUGGGUUCUGCAGAAGGUUGCUGGUCUGGUGCGUGAUGUUGGUCGGCCGGGACAUGCUGCUGAAUAUGAAACGAGGGCGACAUCGUUACUAGAGGCUAUUCGGACUCAUUGCUAUGAUGGACAAUUCUUUACCGACUCGACGGCGGAUGUUGCCGAUGAGCUGUCGUAUUCCCAGCACUGUCAAGUUUUCGCUGUUAUCUGUGGAGCGGCGAGGGCCGAAGACUCUGUGCCGAUCUUGACUGAAUCGUUUACAAAUGAUCGCUUCUCAAAGUGUUCGUAUAUGAUGCGGUUCUAUGCUUUCCGGGCACUUGCUUUGGCUGGCGAGGAUCUGUAUGAGGCGUUUUGGGAGAGGAUGUGGGCGCCGUGGCGGGGGAUGCUAGUGAAUAACCUUUCGACUUGGGAGGAGGAUGAUGUCAGACAGAGGUCUGAUUGUCAUGCUUGGGGGAGUGUGCCAAUUUAUGAGUACUGUACUGAGCUGGCGGGUGUGCAACCGGUCGCUGCUGGCUCGUCGAGGAUAUCUUUCACGCCUAGGCUUCGGUUGACUGGGGCAUUGGAAGCGAAGGUGGCGCUGGGUAAGGAAAAUCUAGCUACAAUCUCAUGGAAGCUCUCUGGAAAUGAGAAGAUUGUCGAGCUUAGGCUUGAGAAGGCGGUUGGGGUUGUGAGUCGAUUGCCGGGAGGCAAGGAGGAGGAACAUGGGGUUGUGGAUCGUCUCAGCUUUGUUUUUAAGGAGUAA